AUGGCAACCUUUUGGCACAGGGCAAAGUUUACGGUCGUUGCCGGAGCCGGAUUCUUCACGGACGGGUACAUCAACUUGACCAUUGGCCUAGUUGUUCCCGUCCUGGGAUACCUCUACUUCGAGGACGAUGGAUCAAGCGUACCGGCGUCCAGUAGUGACAUUAUGAAGGGGUCUCUGAGCUUGGGAAUGAUUGUUGGCCAGAUUGGCUUUGGCCUCCUCGGCGAUACGUGGGGUCGCCGCACCGUGUACGGCAAGGAGCUCAUCAUCACCCUAUUCGGAACACUCAUGGUCAUUGUGCUGCCUUGGAAGCACUUUUCCCCGGAAGCAGUCACUACAUGGGUAUCCGUAUUUCGGGUCGUAUCGGGAGUGGGCAUUGGAGCAGACUAUCCUUUAUCGUCGGCGCUCUCUGCCGAGAAUCGGUCUCUCGGUUCGCGCGCCGUUCAGGUGCUGACCGUGUUUUCGUUCAUCGGCAUCGGUAACUAUUUUGCCAGCAUCAUCUUCAUCAUCCUUCUCAGCGCCUUCAAGUCAUCCGUUCUCAGCGACAUCCGCACCCUCGAAUGGGUUUGGCGCCUGCAACUCGGCAUCGGCAUGAUUCCGGCAGCGAUAACCCUGUAUUCGAGGCUGACAAUGCCAGAGACUGCGCCCUACAAAGAGUACGUCACAAACAAAUCUGCAGGUGACAGCGCUCAGGAUCGAGGUUUGCGGCAGCAGAUGCAAGAGUUCUGUGACUACUUCAAAGAGUGGCGACAUGCCAAGGUGCUUCUUGCGACGUCAAUGGCGUGGUUUCUCUUCGACAUUGCGUACUACGGCAUCAACCUAAAUCAGAGCAUUAUCCUGAGCAAGAUUGGCUAUGCCAGGGGUGACGACCCCUGGUCUACACUCUGGAAAAUUGCCGUUGGCAAUAUCAUCGUCCAAACAGCGGUACACACAGACCCUUCUAUUCAAAGGUUGCUGGUCCAGCAGCAGUCCAUCACUGACCUUGACAAGGGGUAUCUGCCUGGGUUCUUCAUUGGAAUCCCACUCGCCGAUGCUAUUGGACGGGUGCGUCAACAGUUCUACCCAUCGGUUGCCGUUUGCAUUUUGUACGCGAUUUGGGCCGGCAUCUCCUCGCCGUCCGUGCACACAUCCUCUGGCGGCCUGCUCGCCAUGUUCGCCCUGUCGCAGCUCCUGCUCUGCCUCGGGCCCAACUGUACGACGUUUUUGCUGCCGUCCGAGGUCUUCCCCACGCGCGUCCGCGGCACGGCGCAUGGCAUCUCGGCGGCUGUUGGCAAGAGCGGCGCCGUUUUGACAGCAUUUGCAUUCGGCUCCAUCACCAAGCGCAUCGGCCUCUCCGGCGUCCUCGGGCUCUUCUCCGGCAUCAUGGCCCUGACGGCCGCGGUAACGCUUUUGAUACCGGAGCCGAAGAACAUGUCGCUUGCAGACAUUGAGCGUGGGGCUCAUCUCGGUGACCAGCCUGGGGACAUGGACGCCGGGACUGCAGAGGCUGGCGACCAGACACCCGAUCUGAAGGGAACGGGUUUUGUGAGGGCAGUCUCGCUGUGA